UGGGGAAGGUGGGUGUCCAUACCCUGCUGUGCUGGGAGAGAUUGCAGGUGAGCUGGGGAUGGCAGAGCCUGUGUGUCCCCAUGGUGUGUGGGCUACUCUGGAAGGGGGGCUGCUUUUGGGCUCCCUGUGCCUCAGUUUCCCCAGACAGAUCGUCAGCUGGGAGGUGAGCAGCAAGGAGGAACAGGGCACGCUGGAAAUGUUGCAGUGUUGCUGAUUCCCUUUUUUUGUUUCCUUAAACAUGGAAAAACAAACAAAAGGUUGUUAAAUACCAUCCCAGCUGCUGCCACAGUGUCAGCCAGGGAUGCUGGCCAAGAGAAGUGACCAGGUGACAGCCUGGCAUGCCUUCCUCACGGCAGGGAUGGAGCCAAAGGGGAGCAGAAGAGGCACAGGGAGGCUGUUCCAGCUUGGCCAGAGCAAUAGAGGAGCCUCCUGCGGCUGCGGGGCUGCGGGCCAGGGCUGGCCCUUCCUCCAGAUCCCACCCUCCUCCUCCUCCCUGCCUGCCGUGGACAGAAGCAGCCCCUCAGAGCAGAGGCUCGGCGGUGGGUGAGGACAAGCAGACACAUCCCAAGGGACAGCAGAGCAUCCGCUGUCAGGCCAUGGCAGCCCAGCCAGUCGGGGGCCAGAAGCCCUUUCACGUCGUUUCGCCCGUCCUGGAGAGCCUGUCCCUCUCCAAGGCUGUGGGCACCAAGGUCUUCAUGAAGCUGGAGAACGUCCAGCCCUCGGGAUCCUUCAAGAUCCGGGGCAUCGGGCACCUGUGCCAGGAUGCUGCCAAGAAGGGCUGCCGCCACUUCGUCUGCUCCUCAGGAGGGAACGCGGGUCUGGCAGCUGCCUACGCAGCCCGGGAGCUGGGGCUGCCCAUCACCGUGGUGGUCCCCAGCAGCAGCGGCCCCACGCCUGUGCGCAAACUGCAGGAGCUGGGGGCGACGGUCGAGGUCUACGGCAAGGUGUGGGAUGAUGCCAACAGCAGAGCCCAGGAGCUGGCUAAGACAGAGGGCUGGGCCAUGGUCCCCCCCUUCGAUCACCCCUUGGUGUGGGAGGGUCACGCCAGCCUGGUCCGGGAGCUGAAGGACUCUUUGGGGGCCAAACCGGGCGCCAUCGUGGUGGCGGUGGGUGGCGGGGGUCUGCUGGCCGGUGUCGUGGCCGGCCUGCAGCAGGUGGGCUGGCAGGAUGUCCCCAUCAUCGCCGCCGAGACGCUGGGAGCUCACAGCUUCCACGAGGCGCUCAAAGCCGGCCGGCUCGUCACCCUGCCCGACAUCACCAGCGUGGCCACGUGCCUGGGAGCCAAGACGGUGGCGGCGCGGGCGCUGGAGUGCGCCCAGGAGUGCCGGGUGCUCUCGCAGGUGGUGCAGGACGCGGAGGCCGUCCGGGCCGUGCAGCAGUUCCUGGAUGACGAGCGGGUGCUGGUGGAGCCGGCGUGCGGGGCGCCCCUGGCCGUGCUCUACUCGGGGCGGCUGCAGCGGCUGCAGAGCGAGGGGCGGCUGCCGAGCCCGCUGAGCUCCGUGGUGCUCGUGGUGUGCGGCGGCAGCAACAUCCACACGGCCCAGCUGCGGGCCCUGAAGAGCCAGCUGGGGCUGGAGUGACACCCGCGCCGGGCAGGGCGUGUGACAGAGCCCCCCUGGCUCGUUCUGCUUGCUUUCCUUCCCAAAGAGCCAAAAUAAAGCCUGCGGGCGCGGGGCCGGAUUCCUCA